UUUCCUCCAGCCCGAAGCGUGAUUGGUCCGCGGCCCCGGAAGGCUGCCAAUGAGUGCGCUCGGAGAGAGCGCUGAGACCAAUAUGGCUUCCUACACCUGGUGACGGUUUGAGAAAAUCUCAUGGAGAAACCCCGGGGCGUCGAGGAGGCCCCGUCGGCAGAACCGAUGGAGGAAGAAGAGGAGACGGACGACUUGGAGCUGUUCGGGGGCUAUGACAGCUUCCGGAGCUACAACAGCAGCGUGGGCAGUGAGAGCAGCUCCUACCUGGGGGAGUCGAGUGACCCAGAAAAUGAGGACCGAGAGGCUGGAGAGCUGCCCACAUCACCCCUGCACCUGCUCAGCCCAGGGACACCCCGCUCUGUGGAUGGCAGCGGCUCAGAGCCAGCCGUCUGUGAGAUGUGUGGCAUCGUGGGCACCAGGGAAGCCUUCUUCUCCAAGACCAAGAGGUUCUGCAGCGUCUCCUGUUCCAGGAGCUAUUCCUCCAACUCCAAGAAAGCCAGCAUCUUGGCCCGCUUACAGGGAAAACCACCGACCAAGAAAGCCAAGGUGCUGCACAAGGCAGCCUGGUCUGCCAAAAUUGGGGCCUUCCUGCACUCCCAGGGCACUGGGCAGCUGGCAGACGGCACACCCACAGGGCAGGAUGCGCUGGUGUUGGGUUUCGACUGGGGCAAGUUCCUGAAGGAUCACAGUUACAAAGCUGCCCCUGUCAGCUGCUUCAAACACGUCCCACUCUAUGACCAGUGGGAGGACGUGAUGAAGGGCAUGAAGGUGGAGGUGCUCAACAGCGAUGCUGUGCUCCCCAGCCGUGUGUACUGGAUCGCCUCCGUGAUCCAGGCUGCAGGGUACCGUGUGCUCCUUCGGUACGAAGGCUUUGAGAAUGACUCCAGCCAUGACUUCUGGUGCAAUCUGGGAACCGUGGACGUUCACCCCAUUGGCUGGUGUGCCAUCAACAGCAAGAUCCUGGUGCCCCCACGGACCAUCCAUGCCAGAUUCACAGACUGGAAGAGCUACCUCAUGAAGCGACUGGUGGGAUCCCGGACACUUCCCGUGGAUUUCCACAUCAAGAUGGUGGAGAGCAUGAAGUACCCCUUUCGCCAGGGGAUGCGGCUGGAGGUGGUAGACAAGUCCCAGGUAUCCCGGACCCGCAUGGCCGUGGUGGACACAGUCAUUGGCGGUCGCCUGCGGCUCCUCUAUGAGGAUGGGGACAGUGAUGAUGACUUCUGGUGCCACAUGUGGAGCCCCCUGAUCCACCCAGUGGGCUGGUCCCGGCGGGUGGGCCACGGCAUCAAGAUGUCAGAGAGGCGUGGCGACAUGGCCCAUCAUCCCACCUUCCGGAAAAUCUACUGUGACGCCGUUCCUUACCUGUUCAAAAAGGUCCGAGCUGUCUACACCGAAGGCGGCUGGUUUGAGGAGGGGAUGAAGCUGGAGGCCAUCGACCCCCUGAAUCUGGGCAACAUCUGUGUGGCCACCGUCUGCAAGGUGCUCCUGGAUGGCUAUCUGAUGAUCUGUGUGGACGGCGGGCCCUCCACCGACGGCUCGGACUGGUUCUGUUACCAUGCCUCCUCCCAUGCCAUCUUCCCAGCCACCUUUUGCCAAAAAAACGAAAUUGAGCUCACGCCUCCAAAAGGAUACGAGGCGCAGACCUUCAGCUGGGAAGCCUACCUGGAGAAAACCAAAUCAAAAGCAGCUCCGUCCCGGCUCUUCAACAUGGACUGCCCCAACCAUGGCUUCAAGGUGGGCAUGAAGCUGGAGGCCGUGGACCUGAUGGAGCCCCGGCUCAUCUGCGUGGCCACUGUGAAGCGUGUGGUCCAUCGGCUGCUCAGCAUCCACUUUGAUGGUUGGGACAACGAGUACGACCAGUGGGUGGACUGCGAGUCCCCAGACAUCUACCCCGUGGGCUGGUGUGAGCUCACCGGCUACCAGCUGCAGCCUCCUGUGGCUACAGAACCUGCAACACCUCUGAAGGCCAAGGAGGCCACGAAGAAGAAGAAGAAGCAGUUUGGGAAGAAAAGGAAAAGGAUCCCACCAGCCAAGACCCGGCCCCUCAGACAGGCGUCCAAGAAGCCCCUCCUGGAUGACGAGCCGCCAAGCGCCAGGACCUCGGAACCCGCUGCCGAUGACAUCAUCGCUGUGUGUGUGAAGGAGGAACACUUGGACGCGACCUCCCCUGGCAAGGCCGCAACCCCAGAGCUGCCCGUCGCCGUGGAGCACAUCAAGCAGGAGACCCACGACUGAGCCAGCCCCACUGCCAGCCUGGCCCCGCUGCCAGCUUGGCUCCAUGCCCUGAGCCCGGGGAGGGCCUAGGCCUUCUAGGGCCGGCCUUGCCUCCCUGAGGGCAGCUGUCAGGGACCAGCCCGGGGUUCCUCUGACCCACCCCUGCUUCUGU